AUGGCGUCAUGGGGCGGGGCUUCGGGCGGCGGGAAGGGCGGCGGGAGAAUGGAGGCGCGGGAGAGCGGCGGUGGAGCCGACGAGCGCAGGGCCCAGGACCCUGCCCCGGCCCCCAGCAGAGCCCUCGGCAGCGCCGGCCACUACGAGCUGCCGUGGGUUGAAAAAUACAGACCAGUAAAGUUGAGUGAAAUUGUCGGGAAUGAAGACACCGUGAGCAGGCUGGAGGUCUUUGCCAGAGAAGGGAACGUGCCCAAUAUCAUCAUUGCUGGCCCCCCAGGAACCGGCAAAACUACAAGCAUCCUGUGUCUGGCGCGAGCCCUGCUGGGCCCGGCACUCAAGGAUGCCGUUUUGGAGCUCAAUGCCUCAAACGACAGGGGCAUUGACGUUGUGAGGAACAAAAUCAAAAUGUUUGCCCAGCAGAAAGUCACCCUCCCAAAAGGCCGGCACAAGAUCAUCAUCCUGGACGAAGCGGACAGCAUGACUGAUGGAGCCCAGCAAGCCUUGAGGAGAACCAUGGAAAUCUACUCCAAAACGACUCGCUUUGCUCUUGCUUGUAAUGCUUCAGACAAAAUCAUAGAGCCCAUCCAGUCCCGCUGCGCAGUCCUCCGCUACACGAAGCUGACCGACGCCCAGGUUCUUGCGCGGCUAAUGACCGUUAUCGAGAAGGAGAAUGUGCACUACGCUGACGACGGCCUGGAGGCCAUCAUCUUCACCGCCCAGGGAGACAUGAGGCAGGCAUUGAACAACUUGCAGUCGACCUUCUCGGGAUUCGGCUUCAUUAACAGUGAGAAUGUGUUCAAGGUCUGCGAUGAGCCCCACCCCUUGCUGGUGAAGGAGAUGAUCCAGCAUUGCGUGAAUGCCAAUAUCGACGAAGCCUACAAGAUCCUCGCUCACCUGUGGCAUCUGGGCUACUCACCAGAAGACAUCAUUGGGAACAUUUUCCGAGUGUGUAAAACCUUCCAAAUGGCAGAAUACUUGAAGCUGGAGUUUAUUAAGGAGAUCGGCUACACUCAUAUGAGCAUAGCAGAAGGCGUGAACUCCCUGCUGCAGCUGGCGGGGCUGCUGGCCCGGCUGUGUCAGAAGACCAUGGCCCCGGUGGCCAGUUAGAGCGGAGAACUCACUGACUGGGCUACGGGAGUCGUCGUCCCUGAGGGACGGGAGUCACAGCCUCCUGGUUUGGAAAAAACACUGCCUGGCGUCAGAAUACGCCUUCCAUCAAUACGGUCGUGGCCUUCACCUUGCUCCCAGCACGUCUCCACAAGGGUUCGCAUUCAGCCUCAGACUCACAGGUGUGGUGACAGGGUCUCAGAGAGCCUCCAGGGCCUGGCACCCGAGCUGGGCAUGUGUUGGCAUUUUAGCUAAUAAAACCGUACAAUUUUGUUGGCAAUGAGGGGACAACACAAGGCAGCAAGGAAAGCCAGCUUCCUGUCUCUGCGUGUCCUUGGGGCCCCACAAGUAGAAAAGGUGACUUAGAUCAGGCUGGACAAGCUAAUCUCAUUUUUCUAGAAGCCUGGAGGACAGUUCCAUGGGGCGAGGGUGGGGCUUGCUGUAGUUACUGUCUGGAUAGACUCAGGACAGCCGGCCGAGCCCUCCAGAAGGCCUUACAGGGAUCCCCAGGAGGCAGCCGGGACGCCUGCCAGGUCGCCUUUUCCGUGGAGCCCUGUGUGCGCCUUGCUCUCGAGUUCCCCAGGAAAUUUUAUAUUAAUUUGUAGUAUUGCCUUUUUUUUCUCUGCAAGGUACCGUUUUUUUUUUUUAAUUGUGAACAAUAUCACUUGUACAUAAAAGUAGAGAGAAUGAUAAAGUGAA